UCCCUCCCGGCGGAGGGCGGGGCCGGGCCGGGCCGAGCCGAGCCGGGACCCAGCCCCAGCUGCGGGGCUGCCAGCCAGGCCCCAGCCAUGAGCCGCACACUGCUCCUGCUCCUGCUGCUGCUGCGCGGCCCUGCCGCCACUGCUGGCCACCCCCCACCGGCUGCCACCCCCCGCCUCAAGCUAGCCUUCCCUGAGCUGCAGGCUCGCCACGGGCUGCGCCUCUUUGCGCUGGAGCGGUCAUGCUGCUAUGAGGCCCUGCUGCUGGAUGAGGAACGCGGCCGCCUCUUCGCUGGCGCCCAGAACUACCUCCUCUCCCUGGCCCUGGAUGACAUCAGCCAGCGGGACAGGAAGAUCUACUGGCCAGCUCCAGUGGAGUGGAGGGAGGAGUGCAACUGGGCUGGCAAGGACAUCACCGCUGAGUGCAUGAACUUUGUGAAGAUCCUGCACCCCUACAACCGGACCCACCUAUAUGCCUGCGGCACCGGCGCCUUCCACCCCGUCUGCGCCUUCGUGGAGGCCAGCCAGCACACAGAGGAGCCUAUCUUCAAGCUGGACCCCUGGCGUGCCGAGGAUGGCAAGGGGAAGAGCCCAUAUGACCCCCAGCAUGCAGCUGCCUCUGUCCUUGUGGGUGAGGAACUCUACUCCGGGGUGGCCACUGAUCUGAUGGGCCGUGACUUUACCAUUUUCCGGAGUCUGGGCCAGCGUCCCUCCAUCCGCACCGAGCAGCAUGACUCCCGCUGGCUCAAUGAGCCCAAGUUCGUGGCUGUUUUUUGGGUGCCGGAGAGUGAGGACCCUGAUGACGACAAGAUCUACUUCUUCUUCCGUGAGACCGCGGUGGAGCGGCAGCAGGGGCUGGGCAAGACCAGCUUCGCCCGCAUCGGCCAGAUCUGCCGGAAUGAUGUGGGCGGGCAGCGCAGCCUGGUGAACAAGUGGACGACCUUCCUGAAGGCUCGUCUCGUCUGUGCCGUGCCAGGACCUGACGGGGCAGACACCCACUUUGAUGAACUCCGGGAUGUCUUUCUGCUGCAGACAAGGGACAAGCGCAACCCCCUGGUUUACGCCAUCUUCUCCACCUCCAGCUCCAUUUUCCAGGGCUCAGCCGUCUGCAUCUAUACCAUGGCUGACAUCCGCCGGGCUUUCCUGGGCCCCUUCGCGCAUAAGGAGGGUCCCAACUACCAGUGGGUGUCAUACCAGGGGCGCGUGCCCUACCCCCGCCCAGGCAUGUGCCCCAGCAAAACCUUUGGCACCUUUGGCUCCACCAAGGACUUCCCAGACGAGGUGAUCCAGUUUGCCCGGCACCACCCACUAAUGUACAACCCUGUGCUGCCCCACAACCAGCGCCCCCUCUUCCUGCAAGCCACCGUGCCCUACACCUUCACCCGUAUCGCUGUGGAUCGUGUCACUGCUGCUGAUGGCCACUAUGACGUCCUCUUCAUUGGCACAGACGUGGGCACGGUGCUGAAGGUGGUCUCAGUGCCCAAGGAGAGCUGGCACCGCAUGGAGCCACUGCUGCUGGAGGAGCUGCAGGUCUUCCAGGAUGCCUCCCCCAUCACCAGCCUGCAGCUCUCCUCCAAGCGGCAACAGCUCUAUGCUGGCUCGGCCUCAGCACUGGCCCAGCUUCCCCUGCACCGCUGCGGUGCCUACGGCAAAGCCUGUGCUGAGUGCUGCCUGGCCCGGGACCCAUACUGUGCCUGGGAUGGCACCACCUGCACCCGCUAUGUGCCCAACACCAAAAGGCGUUUCCGUCGGCAGGAUAUCCGCAACGGUGACCCCAACGUGCUCUGCUCCGAAGACCCCCGUCAGGGCAGUGUGCCCCAGAAGCAGCUCUAUGGGGUAGAGGGCAGCACUGCCUUCCUGGAGUGUAUCCCCAAAUCCCUGCAAGCCCAUGUCCUCUGGACGUACCAGCACACCCCAGAUGACCCCCAGCAAGAGGUGCAGGUGGACGAGCGGGUGGUGCGGACAGAGAGGGGCAUGCUGCUGCGCAGCGUGCAGCGCUCCGACGCGGGCCUCUACCUCUGCCACGCCACCGAGCACAGCUUUACCCAGCCCCUGCUGCGGCUCUCCCUGGAGGUGAUCGGCACACGACAGGCUGCAGCCAUGGGCCCUGCUGGUGACCCCCAGCUCGCUGUCGGGCCCCCUGGCCACAAGGUCUGGUACCGGGACUUCCUCCAGCUGGUGGAGCGCCUGCCGCUUGGGGCCUCGGACAGGGUCUGCCAGCGGCUCUGGAGCCGAGGAAGACCCCCACCACCUUCCCGCACCUACUCCGGACCGCCUGGCCGUGGGCAGGGUGAGGAGCCACGCAAAGCCCGGCGCCGGCGCACCCACGAGGGGCCACGGGCCGAGCGGGGUCCCCGCAGCGCUUCCCCCUGGUGACCCCAGGGCCGGCCCCAGGUGCCAGGCUCUGCCUAGGAGCAGGGCCACGGGCAGGGGCAAAGCCCCCCACCAGCCUCGGCUGCCCCACCAGCAGCACUGGAGCUGGAUGUGGGCAGCAGCAGGGGACUGCAGCUCUGGAGCCAGGAAGGCAGCCAGGCUGACCGCCCCCAUCCCAAGGGGCUGCUGGCUACCCAUACCAUAGGCUCCAGCACCAGUGGGGGGACCCAGCCGGCUGCUAGCACCGCAGAGUCACUGAAAUAUUUAUUAACAACUGUUACGGAUGAAUGUAAACCCGCCCCAGUGCAGGGGGCAGCAGGGCCAGGCUCUGCACCCCUCUACCCUGGACAUGAGGGGACAGGGCAGCAGGGCCACCCUUGGGUCCCAGGGGGCUGUGGGUGGGAGUGGGACCCCGGAGGGGCAGGACAGGCGCUGGUGGGACAUGGGGUACCUGGCAGGAGGAGGGGUGCCUGGGGCAGAGGUGUGGGGGGGGGGCACAGAGGUGGUGCCCAGCACUCCGAGUGCAGAGCAGUGGCACAGUGGGGCUUGUACUAAUCGAGCACAAUAAAGCAGAGGAUUCAGCCCCGGGUCCUGCGUCUGCCCCAGAGCCCCAGGGAGCACUCCGGGUGGGCAGGCUGGUGCCCUACAGCAGGGAGCCCCACUGGCACCUUGAGCCAAGGGGGGGGGGUUGGUGCUCAGCAGUACCUGGGGAGACCAAGUCCCAUGGGGACAUUGCUAAGGCCAGUGGGGUCCCCCCAGAGUUACAGCCCUCCACACUUUCACUUCUGGAAGACAAAAACUGAAAGGCAUUUCCCUAGUGCUGUCAGCCUGGCCCUUAAAGUGGUGACAGAAGGUGACCUCGGGGUCUCCUGCCUCCCACUGCCUUUGGUGGCACUGGCACAAGUCAUGUCCCCUUGCCAGUACCACCAGCACCAGCCAUGUCCCAGCACUGGCUGUGGCCCAGCCCAGACACUUGAGCCCCUGGUGUGGGCACAGGCAGGGCACCCCCAGCCCCUGCACAGGGUCCCCGUGGUGGGACGCUACCUCCAGCCAGCUGGGCACCCAGGGGAGACCCUGGGACCAGGUGAAGCCCCAGGGCCAGGGCCACCUUAACCUCCCAGCAGUGAUCAGCGUGGCGGCCCAGGAAGGUUUAAAGCUGCUGCAGGCAGGAAGAGGUAGAGAGACAGCUGCAGGUGGGAGCAGGCAGAGGAUGGAGCUGAUUUUUUCCUGAGGUCCAGCUGGCACCCCUGACCCCACCAGGCACCCCAGGCUUGAGCAGCACUGCUGCUCUGCACCCAUGUGUCCCUGUGCUAUCCCAGCAGCUGGUGGCAUUGAGGUCCACCCUCAUCCAAAGGGUGUCCCACCUUGACCACCCCUCCCCCCGUGCCACUUGGCACCAUCCCCAACCCAGCGAUCAGCAUAAGGAUUGACCAAGACAUUUAUUUAUAGCAUGACAGAGGGGGUACAGGGGCAUGGGGUGGUACUGGAGGCAAUACUUAGGUGGGCAAGCAGGCAGGGAACUGAGGAUGCUGGAGGCCUACGCCACCCCAGAGCCACAGGAGCAUGAAGAUGGUGCUCUUGGGCUGGAUGUUGUAGUGCGCCAGCGUGUGCUGGUCCUCCAGCUCUCUGGAGCCGUACGUCAGGUGCUGCUGAUCAGCAGGAGGCCCCUGCCGGGCAUGGAUCUGCUCCUUCAGGUGCCGGAUGGUGUCAGUGGGCCACACCGUGUAGGUGGUGGUCCGGUUCUUGUCAUCCUUCACAAAGACCUCCAUUACCUGGGGCUCGGUCUGCAGCAGCAUCAGGGUGGUAUUGUAGAAGAUGCCAUGGGUGGCCAGGGUCUCAUCAUCCUGAAGGAUCAAGGGGCUCCUGCUCAGUUCCUGCUGCACCAAGCACUGCCUGUACCAGGGGAUGCCCCAUGCUUGUUCAACCUCCUCCUUCAGCUGCCAGAUGGUGGUGCUUGGGCUGACAGUCUUGCUCAGGCUGGUGACCACUGACUGUCUCACCUCAAUUGUCACAGGCCGAGCUGGCUGCAGGGACAGGAGAGUGGGUGGGCAAAGCUGACAGGGAUGGGGGGGGCCACGAUGCCCACAGGUGCAGGCAGCCUUACCUGCACAUCCCAGGGCUGGGCAGCACUGACACAGGGCAGCGAACGGUCGCAGGCUGCUGCCUGUGCCACCAGGGCCCAAUUCUUGCCUUGGCCCAGGAUCCCUGUGGGGUCAGCGGGGUCCAGGAUGACGGGACUGUGAACACAGAGGGUGGGUGCUCUUCCUCACCUGCUUCUCCAGCAACCAGCAGCACCGCGAGGUGGGUGGCAUUGGUCCCACCGGGCACGGUCCUCACCGGGGACUGCGCAGCAGCUUCUUCACAUGGGCACCAAUCUGGCUGUGCUGGAGUGAGUAGUACUUCUCCCAGUAGAUGCAGAUCUCCUGGUGCCGACGCAGCAGCUCCAGCACUGUACAGAAGCCGCUGGCCAUGAUGAAGGAAUCAGAGGAACCUGUGCCCACCUCCCAGGCGUAGAUGGUCAGCAGCUCCAGGGCAUACUUGGGGGGCAGGUCUGCAGUGGGGUACCUUGACUUCAGCAGCUGGGGAGAAGACAGGAAAAAGGGGUGAGAGCUGGCUGGGGAAGGUGCCCAGUGGGUGCCGGUGAAGCUGGGCAGCCUCACCUCCUUGUACCAGUGCUUGACCAGGCGCAGGAGGUUCUUCAGCUUGGCAGGGUAACGCUUCACAAACUUCUUCUGCAGCUCAGUGAAGCAGGGGGAGAACUCCCCGGGGUCACUGCUGGCUUUUAGGAGCCUCACAUACACCUCCGCAUCUGGUGGGGUGUCCUGGAUCACCUGCCCUGUGAGGUGAGAAGGAGGGUGAGAGCAAUGCUGGUGCCAACAUCCCAGCCCAGUCCCAUGCCAGCUCACACCCCUUACCCAAGGCAUCGUAGGCAGGUAGAAUGUCUACCUCGAUGGACUCCAAGGUCCUCUUGGAGUAGAGGGUGAGGCUGAGGGAGCGCGGCAUAUUGCCGGGACCCUUGUACCGGGGCUUGCUGAUGUUCACAGUGAAUGUCAGUCUCUCCCUGCAGGUGUGCAGCCUCAUCUCAAUCAAUUUCAGGAUAUUCCUUCUCUCCUGCUUCUGCUGCUGGUAGCUGGAGAAGCAGUUGAGGAAGAGCACCACGUCAGCAUCCGAGUUGUUCUGCAGGGCUGUGCCCUUGCCUGCCGAGCCACCCUGCAGAGAGAUACCCUGCCUGCUCAGCACCAGGAUCGCCUGCCACCAUUCCUGGAGCUGCCAGGGGAAAGUGAAGCAGAAAAGGAGCUGGAGCAGCAGGACAGAGGGAAGGGUGGCAGCAGGGAUGCUGGCUGGCCCCCUGAGUUGGGCAGCACUCACCUUGACGGUCUUGAGGACGCGUAUGUUCGCCUCAAAGCAGUCCUCCUUCAGGAAGUCACAGAUCUGCUUCACUGUCUCCUUCACCUGCCCACAGAAAGCAGUGCUGGGCUGCAGGGUCUCUGCGAUCCAGCCAUCCAGCUUGUUGGCAGCCACCGUCCUCAGUCCGUUCAUGUGAGUCGCCCGGCCCACAGCCAUCCUACCAACUGUAAUCCCUCACUCUGCCUUCGCCUGCCUGCAGCAGCUUUUAAACCUUCCCGGGCCACCGCCCCGAUGGCGUCACCGCCGGGAAGUUAAGGUGGCCCCCGCCUCGGGGCUUCACCUCAGCCUCGGGUCCCCGGGGGGCUCCUGCCCACGGGGUCCCACGGGUGUCCCCAGUGCCAUUGCCUCGGUGGCUGGGAGGGGGCGGGAGGAGCUGCGCGGCACUGCCAUCACCCUGGCAUCCAGCUGAGAGGCAGCAGUGACAGCGGUGGUGGCAGCACAGGCAGCUGCCUGUAGGCUGGGUCUGCAGUGGCACAGGGUCUCCCCUGGGUGCCCAGCUCGCCAGAGGUAGAGUCCCACCGUGGGGACCCUGUGCCAGGCCCUGUCUGCACCAGCACCUGCUUGUUGCCACACUGAGGGCUCAAGUGUCCAGGCUGCGAUGCUGCCAGCGCUGGGACAUGGCUGGUGCUGGUAGCACGGCGUCACCCCAGGCAACGAGAUGUGGCUGGUGCCAGUGUCACUGGGGGCCUUGGUGUCACCACAGAGUAUGGGAUGUGGCUAGUGCCACCAGAGGCCAUGGUGUCACCCCAGGCAGAGGGACAUGGCUCACUCUGGCAUCACCAGAGGCCCUGGUAUCACUAUAGGCAAUGAGGUGCAGCCAGUGCCAAUGCUGCCAGGGGUCCUGGUGUCACGGCAGGCGAUGGGGCAUGGCUUGUACCAGCAUCACCGGAGCCCCCUGGUGCCCUCCCGGCAGCGGCAGGCGGUACGGGCCGGACGCUGCUGCCCGCGCUGCCUUAAGCGCCGGCUGUGGCGGAGUCGGGAAACGGGAGUGACUGUUCCUUCCCCGGUUUCGGUUUCUGCCUCCGCCGGCUGGAAACGAAAGUGCAAAAGUGGCUCCACGGCGGCUCUGCCCCAUUCCGGUCCCUCCCAUCCCCCACGCGGGGCCGUGGGUGCCGUGGGCAGCCCCGCUCGCCUGCGCUGAGUCAUUCCGGGAAACUGGAAGAGCCAAAGAACUGAAACUCAAGCCUGGGAGCUCAGGGAGGAUGGGCUGGGGCCGCCGGCAGGCAGGGUCGUGGGCAGGAGCAGGGGCAGUCAAGAACAUGAGAGGAAGAGCAUCGGGAGUCGGGGCAGGAGCAGGAAGGGACAGAGGGUAAGGGCAUGGGCAGGAGACGGGCAGGGGUCUGGAAGAGGAGGCAGGACUGGGGCAGGGACAUAUGUAAGGAUGGGGAUGGGUUGGGGUGCAGUCGGGGUCAGGGACAGGGAUAAGGGUACAGGCAGGGGAGAGAUGGGCAGGAGAAGUGGCAGAGAUGGGGUCAGGAACAGGGGCUGGCACAGGGAAAGCAGCAGGACAGGGAGAGGGACAGGGACAGGGAUAGAGAUGGGGCAGGGACAACAUGUCCAGGUCAGGGGUAUGGUCAGGAGCAGGGACAGGUGUCCCCUUAGCGUCGGGAGACAAUAGGACAGGGACAGGGGCAGGAAUACAUGCAGGGGCAGGGAUAUCAGCAGGGGGUAGAGACAGGGAGAUGGGCAGUAUUAUGGGCAGGGAUGGUGAUGGGACAGGAGCAGGUAUUUGGGCAGGGACAGGGACAAGGACAGAAGCAGAGAUACAGGCAGGACAGGAGUGGGGCAGGAGCAGGGAACAGGACAGAAGCAGGGAUAUGGGCAGGUAUGCAGACAGGGGCAGGGACAGGUCGAGGGACAGGGGCAGGGAUGUGGGCAGGGAGAGGGGAAGGGACAGGACCAGCAGCAGGGACAGGGGUACAGGAAGGGGCAGAGCUAGGUGUCAGGAGCAUUUCACACCUGGCCUGUGCUGCCUGAGGAGCAAAGCCAGGCUGCCAAGGCAAGAACAAUGUGAGUCAUUCUUUAUUUGUCCCCAUGGGGUGUCCCAGCCAAAUCGGGGCAUCCCAAAGGGGGUUCCACACAUGGUUCACACCCUUUGAGCACUGGGGUACAGCAUGGUUUGACCAAUCCCUCCUUACCACCUGCUUUGCAAAGCCACUGUGAUUCUAUGGCAUCAUGAUUGUUCCCUUGUCCAGGUGUCCAGGGAGCCAGUCUUGCUACAGGGUCUUACCUGUGAAGCCACGUAUCAGGAAGGGGGUCAGGGAGGUGAGGUGCUGGAGGGUCUGGGGUGCUGGCCUUCUCUUGGGAGUCCAGGGGUAGCCUUCAUCCUUUGUGGUGGGGCUGUCCUCCUCCUCCUGCUCCUCACAAGGAGCUAGAGUGCUGUCGCCAUGCCUACGGAACCAAACUGUGCAGUAUACAAUGUAAACUAUAGAUAUAUAUAUCUCCUAAGAAAGUUCAUACAAUUUCAUAUUAUAAAGACUGAUUGUUACAAUAGUUAGGGAAUGAGAUUUUCCUAACGAGAUGCAGGCAGUGGCAGGGACAAGGGCAGAAGAAGGGAUCUGGGCAGGGAUCUGGGCAGGGACAGUGACAGGCCAGGGGUGGAAAUAAUGACAGGACAGGGACAGGGGUAGGGAUCUGGGGAGGGACAGAAGCAGGGAUACAGGCAGGAGCAAGGAUGUGGCCAGAGGCAGGGAAUACAGGCAUGGACAGGUGUGGUAGAAGUCACUUUCUAGCUCAUAUGGAAUCCAAUACAUAGCACUAGUACCAAGGCUUGCUAAAGCCUUUGGUGACAAGCUGUGAACUUUCACCUAGAUAGGCUGACUGUAUGCUGAACUUUUAUUUAGCUGCAUGAAGGAAGGCCCUGAAACAGCUGCAAACCAGAAAGAUAAGGUAGCCCCAACCAUCAGCAAAAGUUGUAAUUGUUGAGGUAAGAAAAGGCAUGUCCCACCUGGAGACAGAAAAAGGAUCCAGUGAGGAACAAGAAGACCCCAGACCCAAAUAUUGCUGUUGGACCGAACUGUUGCAUGAGGGGAGGAGAACAUAGAUUGCGAGGGUGUAAUUGCCCACGGCUUGCUUUGUUUGGGGUCCCUCUCGGGAGGCACCCCGCUUGAGCUGUUUGUUACUGCUGCACCAUUCAAUAAAUUCAUCAGGCGUA